GAUGAGCUGGCACUAAAAUACCCGGAAGUGUUUACAGCAGGAGGCUAAACUAACAGCUAACAGCAGAAUCAGUGGAGAAUUGAAGCUCCUGGAAGUGCAGUGCGGACACAUCUCUUCCCCUGUGUGCGGUGCUUGUUAAGAAGUCAGGAUGAGUCUGCAGUGGACUGCGGUGGCCACCUUCCUCUACGCUGAGAUCUUCUUAGUUCUGCUGCUCUGCAUUCCCUUCAUCUCACCCAAGAGGUGGAACUGCAUUUUCAAAUCUCGCAUCAUAAAGGCCAUCACUCUCUAUGGAAACACCGCCUUCAUGGUGGCCAUCGCCAUCCUCGUCUUUCUGCUCAUCGAUGCUUUCCGUGAGGUGAGGAAGUACAGUGUGACGGAGAAGGUGGAUCUGGCGAACCACCCGACGGCCAUCGAGCACAUCCACAUGAAGCUGUUCAGAGCACAGAGGAACGAGUACAUUGCUGGCUUCGCCCUGCUGCUCUGCCUGUUGCUGCGUCGCCUGGCCACUCUGCUCUCCCAGCAGGCUUCACUCAUGGCCUCCAACGAAGCCUUCAAGAAGCAGGCGGAGGGCGCCAGCAAUGCCGCCAAGAAAUACAUGGAGGACAACGAGACGUUGCAAGAGAAACUGCGUGAGGCUGGUCUUGAGCUGCCGGAGGCUGGGAAGAAAGGACCAGGACCACAGGAGGAGAACAAGACUCUGAAGGAGGAGGUGAAGAGCCUGAAGGAGGAGCUGGAAGCCACCAAGAAAGCUCUGCAGAAGUCGGACAACGACGUUCGUGCCAUGAAGAAACAGUCUGCGAACCUGACGGUGGAGUACGACAGACUGCUGGACGAGCACAGCAAACUCCUGGCGAAGAGCGACAAGAAAUCAGACUGAGGAGGACAUCGACGGUUCCCGGCUUCUUUCAUCUUCAUCACCGUCCUCAGCAAACUGUCUGCUGCCUCUGCUUCCACCUCCGCGCUGUGAUGUCACCGACUUUUGGGCCAGCUGACAUCACCGAUGGCUGUGAUUGGUUAAUCAGACUGUCUGAGCUCCAACAUAAGAAUGUCGGUUUACUGUCAGACUUCCUGUGUCACUGUUUACGCCUCUGAAGUGUUUCUGUUUUCUCUCUUCUGUCCACUUUGCUGUUUAAAGGCCAGCUUUGGGGUUUUGUUGUCCUUUAAACAGCUGACCUUUUCCUUCACUUUCCAUAAACUGUUUUCUUCUGAGGACAUUCCCUGAUUAACAUUUUUGGAGCAAAGUAAAUCCAAAUAAUGAAUCCUGUUCCCUGCAGGAAAAGACCAUCUUCAUUCCAAAAUAAAAGCAUUUUGUCCUCUCUGCACAUUCUGGGUUUAAAUCAGGGUUAAAAAAGUCCAAAGGAUGGCUGUGCUGUCAGAUUUCCUUCUUUCUUAAACUGUAAUUUCCAUCGAGACUCUUGUGAAUAUGAAUGUUUGGAGCUGCAGCAAAGAUCACUUAGUACGAGCAAAACAAGACUCCGACGUCUCCUCUGGUUUCUUCUUCUGGUUUGCCUGAACUCUUCGUCACUCUUAGCCGUGUGCUGAACACACUUUAGAUUUUGGAGCUGUUUGAUGCUCCACUCUCGGUUAUUCAUUACAAAAUGUUAAGUAAAGAAAAGAAAAGGCACCCGUGUCUGUUCUGCUUGUGUGGCGUCAUCAGAUUUUUGUUGUGUCUUUACUGACGUGUCACAAUAAACAUGGAUGAUUUCAA